CCAGCUGGUUGUCAGGUUGUCUAAACUCAUGCUGUGUGCUUGACUCCCUUUGGUUGCCAGUUUUUGCCAGGUGCUGCCAACAGGACACCUCAGGGUGCCUGAGACUGCUUUGUAUCUGUCUGAUUUCAUCAGAUGUAGAACAGCACAGAGUGCUCCAAUGGCUGAAGAAAAGCCCAAGUAUAACUGCACUGUCAGUGAAGUCACAAUUGUGAACCUGCAGCCUGAGAAAAAUUCAGUUCUCCUCCUGGCGGGAGGGAAGCCAGGAAGUGAUCAUAAAAACCUUGGUCUCCAGCCUCCACCUCCAAGGAGUUCAGAGAAGCUAUGCCAGGGAGAUAAAAAAUUAUGUCCAGAAAAGGUGAAAAAGGAGGGAGUUUUGUCUCCCAGCCUGCAUCCUGCAAAUGAGUUGUGUAGCACAGAGAACGUUACCCUGAAGAGACCAGUGAAAUUGGCCCCUCUGGAGAUCCCUGUGGAAGUAAAAGAAGCCCAGCUCAAAAAGAUUAUGAGCAUCCAGAGAGAAGCCCAAAUGGCUGCCCAGAAGCUGAUGGUGAUCAACGCCAUGCAGAAUGAACCCCAUGUGAAACGGGUAAAGAACCUGGCUCAGGGGGAGCUGGCAAACCUCCAAAAGAUAAAGCUGAAUGAGAAGGCUGAUCUGGAGAACAAAGAUGAUCCCCUACCCCCUAAAAGCAGCAAACCCCUUGGAGAAAUCCAAAUUAUUUUGCCUUCAGAGACAACCUCUAAGUCGACUAAACAGGCAGGUGCUGAGGAGGCUCCCAAGACACUCUGUAAGCCCUUAAUCCCCACUCUCCAGGUGUCUGACGUGCACGGAGAGUCCAACAGCCCUGACAGCACCCCCGACCCCUGCCAAAAUGGUUCUCGGCGCCGAUUCAGGUUAAGACACACAAAAGAGCAGCAGGAAGAAACUGGGAAAGCCAAACCCUUAAAAGCCACGGAUGCAAGUGUGGGAGAAGGCACAAAGAAAAGUGCAGGUGAGCGGACACAAAAAACCCUCAGUGAUGCCAGCAAGCUCAUUGAAAAUGUGUCUAAAAAGCAGAAGGAACGAGGAGCAAAGCAAAGGGAAAUGGAUGAAGCCUCUCUUGUGAGGAGGCAGUCUAUUCGAAGGAUGGCUUUGGGAGACAUCAUCCAGGUGGAUGAUGACUGAAUGUCACAGCACAGAUACCCAGGAAGAUGUUUUAGACUGAGUGCUUAGAUAGAAGUCUUCAAAAGAGGGCAUUAGUAAUCCACCAAAUAAAAAUAAGGUGAUACUGGUGAAUAACUCUGUCAUUUCUGAGAUGCUCGAACAAGUGGCUCAGGGAAAAUAACUUUCUACUCUGCCCAACACUAGAAGGGCCUCAGAUAUCCUGAGCCCAGCAUGGAGUAUAACUUUUCAAGACACAUGGACCAUGCAGAAAAAAUCUGGAUGUGGACUGGGUGGAGUGAUCAAGAGGAAAACAGGAACCUAGAAAAUACUGUGUCUGGGGCUUUUUUUCUCCUGAGAAUACUGCCCUUGCAUUCACAGCUGUGGCAAGUUUGUUUCCAAAAGACAAGAAUAAAAUGUUCUUUAUAUUACUGUUGGCAGAACAAAAAAUAAUUAGUGUAAGUUUAGCAAGAGACAUUCAAGUCAGAAAAAGAGAAAAACUUUUAAGGACAACAAACACUGAAGAAUAUUGUUUACCAAGAUGGGAAUCUCCGUCACUGAAAUUUUAAAUAAUGCAUAAGGCAAACACCUGCCAAGGAUGUUUUCAGAUGAAUUAAUCCUUCAUUCACACACAAGGACUGGAUGAUCAGUAAUGUCCUUCAAUCUCAAUAUUCUUAUAUUUUAUGAUCGAUCUUUUCAGUUGUCCACUUGCAGGGCUACUAACUAAGCCACGUAGUGCAAAAAGGUACAAUAAAUGCAGCUUUUCAGUUUGCACUGAUUCUUCUUCCUUGUCCUACAGCUCAUGCCAAGAUACUCAUUGAAUUCUUCACAAGGCAGCAUCUGAUGCUGCUUUCCUUUGGUUUCUUCAGAUUUUUGUUUGUUGUUUCACAAUUUCUUGGUAAAUGGAGGAACAGUUCAUCCCUAUAUUCUUUUGUGCUUCCUUUUUUACUGUUUCACCUUUGGUCACUUUUUAAGAUCUUAGUCAUCUUUUAAAGAUAGAACUUUGGGUUUAUGUGAAAUAUGGAAUAAACCAAGCAUAUGCAGUCUCAGCUUAGUCCCCCUUAGAAUUUUUUAAGGGAGUAAAACCUAUUUCAUGGGGUUUAAGACAGGUAUUAUGACAAUUUGGCAGAGAUUCUAUCAUGGUGUAAAUAUUAUUAAUAAGAUUAAAAUGCAAUAAAAAUUGUUUUAUGCAUUAUUUUUACAGCAAGAAUAAGAAUGUUCAAUGAUAGUCCACAUCUUUGGUUGCUUGAUUUGUUUUUAUUAAAGGUGGUCAAAUGAUCUUAGAACCUGGGACUUAAAAAAACCAGUGGCGAGACUUGCCAUAAAACCUCAGGGGUUGGUAAAAAUACAUGGAUGUCUAGAAAAACAGAAGGUGGGUAGAAGCAGCAGAACUCAGCCUUUAAACAUAGUGGUGUUGGUGGGAAAUGAAAAAAGAAUAAAAAUCUUUUGGUAUAGAAAAGAGGGGAGCCAUUUUUUUGCCUCUAAUUCUUUCUACUAUGUACAUGAUGAAGACAGUCAAAGACAGAGCAGACGAGGGAUUGAAAAAUAUUUAAGUAUUCUGCAUUUCAACAAUACCAGAAAAUAUGAAACUUUUUUUGGAUUAUUUGUUUUCUGAUUGUUCUCUUAGUAAGAGAAAACCCACAAGCCAUUAUUUUGGAAUUUGUUCUCGAGUGUUUCUUGCUGAAGAGAACACAGACGUUGCCAGGACUGAAACUCUGCCCAGGCUUGUCACAGCAGCAGUAGCUGUAUUUAUACAAAUCAGUCACCCUGUGACUUGCCACCACCUUUAUCUGUCAAUUUUCCAUGCUGAGAAUACCUGGGGAACAAGGGCUCACAACUAUGCAGGCCAGAUAAUUCAAGAUGAAUAAGGAUUUUUGUAGUAGUUGAACACAUAACUUGGAAUUAAAAUGAGAUAUUAAGCCAGGAAAAAAAAAAAAAAAAAAAAAGUGAUAGAUAUGUCCUCCUUGUGAUGUCUGGGCAGUGAGGAAAAAUAAU